GGAGAUCUUGGUUCUUCCAAGGGGCUUCUCCGCAAUGAGCAGAUUUAAACCCCAAGGAAUGUUCUUGAAACAGCAGGAAAACAAGGAAAAGGAACGAAGAUGGAUCCCAUCCUCUUUGGCCACCGCCCGCCAGGACUCCGCAACAGUUGGGCUUUAGAAUCAGAACAAUCUGGAAAGCAAUCGGGAGCAGCAAAGCGGCCUCGAGCAACUGCAGCGGCCCGGAAAGCCAACGCGGCCCGACCCCUGGGGACUCCCGCCGCUAUGGGCACCGGCAGCAGCAGGGCGGGGAAGACGCGGAGCCUCAGCCCGCCGAGGCGCUGGCUGGGGCCCGGAUGGGGCAGCGCGAGUCAUAGCGCCCCCUCCCGGCAGGGCCCGACGGACGACGAGGGGGCGGCUAGGGCGAGGGCCGCGGGCCAGACCCCGGCGCGCGCCCCCGCGCUGCCGCUCGAGCCGCCCGACUCGGACUCCGAGCUCCUGGACCAAGUGCUGGAGGAGUGCGACGAAGACAGCCCCCAACUCCUGUCGCUGCCGCUGCCGCCGCCUCCGCCUCGCCGCCCUCCGCGCCACGACGCUGGAGACUCCUGCUCCCGCCCAACAGAGGGCAGCGGAGAGGAGGCCGUGGGUCGGCGGGAGAAGCCGGAGGGUUUUUUAGCAAGAUCUACGCCAGAGAGCAAUAACUUUGCCAAUCAGUUGCCGCUCAAGAAGCCAGAGAGACAAGCCAAGAUAUCCUACGAUUACUCUGAAGAGGAGCUGAUGGCAACCAUAGAGCAAGAAUACUGUCGCUGAAGCCAGUCAAGCUAUACCAAUGUGACCAUAAACAAAUUUACCUAGGGGCUGGGUUGUUAAACUGCAGUGUUUCUGAGAAAAAGUCUACUAGCAUGACAGGCAGAAAGACAACUCAAAAUGCUGGCCAGAGAGAUACAACUACAGGAAACUAUUAUCUGAACACUACCUAUGGAGCCAAAUGGGAACUUACUGUGUUCCUUCUGGAAAAGAGAAAAGCAACAGACAGACACAGAUGUUCACUUUCAGCUAAAGCUUGAGGUGUGAAGUAGUAAAAGAGCAAUCGCCUUAUUUGUCUAAGUCUUAACGAAAGUACGGUAAAGGUCAUCAUUAACUUCGGGUGGUCUGUAUAUUGUCUUACUGUUCCCAAGAACUGGGGACUGUCGAUCCUUUUGGCCGCAGGCACUAAGCACAUUAAAACUUACGUUCCCAACACCCAA